AUGAAAUUCAUCCUUGCUUUAUUAUUUGCCUUUUUAGCUUUUGCUAAAGCCGACUAUAUUUUCAAUUCACUAUUAAGUGAUAGUUGUUCCUUUAGUGUUGAUACUGAUCAAUGUAAAACUGCCCCAUGUUUACCUGGUGCUGUAGUCAAGGUUACCAAUGAAGGUUCAACAGGUAUUCAAUUACAUUUGGGUCCAGAUUGUUCUUCUUUCCCAGUUACACUUCCAAUUGUAUGUGAUGUUGAUGUUAAAUUAACAAAAAAUCAUGUUGAUUACCUUUAUAAAUUUGAAUGUAAUGAAUGGGUUAAAAGACUUAGAAAAAAUUCAAUCUCCCAUAUAAAAUUAAUAUGCUCCAUCUACAUUACAAAUUGUAAGGUACUAAGAUCAAAUAAUUAA